UACAAACCAUUGCAUAAAAUCAUUUUAUUAUUGCAAUGAAAUUCAGGAAGUGUAUUUUAAGUGAGAAAGGGAUUUUGCAUUGCAUGUGGAACUGAUAUCAUGAAUUUGCAUGCCUCAACAAGUUGUAAGAAGUGAUUUGUAGUUGUAUUUGUGGUAUGAACGAUAGUUUGUAAGGAAACCACUAGUUCAGCCUACAUUAACGAAGAUUUGGAUCAAGAAAUUCUUCGAUGAAUUCUCAAGGGGAAGAAAGGCCGCAGUCUCCUGGACUUGAGGCCGUGAUUCAGAAGCUAGAAGACUCCCUCCUGGAUGUCAGUGCAGAAGAGAGGGCACUCACCAUUUGGGGGGAAGAACUGGGUUCCACCGCUGCACCAGUCCCUGUGCGCAUCCGACAGAUUGUCACCAGAAACCUGAGCGACUCUCCCGCAGCUGAGGUUUCAGUACAGGAGGAGAACCGGGCCCUCAAAGACCUGCUGUCCCAGACUCGAGCUGACCGUGACCAGCUGCUUGUCAAGCAGGCGGCCCUCACAGACAGGCUGGAGCAGAUGCUGGUCCUGCAAUCCGGUGACUCAGAUCAGGAGAGUGUGAGUGCAGAGCGCCGGCUACGUGAGGAGGCUCGCUCCUACCGCCUCAAACUGCAGAGCUACCAGGAGAGCCAGCACAGACAGGCUCAGCUGGUGCAGAAGCUACAGGCCAAGGUCCUGCAAUAUAAGAAGCGCUGUGGGGAGCUGGAGGAGCAGGUUCUGCAGAAGACUUCCGAGUCAGAGAAACUGCGCCUGUCUCUACAGACCCACCUGGACUCCUCUGCCCAGCGGCUCCAGCGCACCGAACAGGAGCACGGACGCGACCUCCAGAGCAAGCAGGGCCUACUGGAGGAAGAACAGAAAAGGUGCUCGGGCCUGAGCCAGGUGAACGCGCUGCUCCGCCAGCAGCUGGAGCAGGCGGCCGCCGCCAACCAGGGCCUGAGCGAGAGCCUGCGCCGGGCCCGCCUGGACGCCGAGCACAAGGACACGCGACUGCGCAGGGAGCAGGAGACGAGUGCCUCCAGACUGGGCCGUGAGCAGGCGCGUGUGCGGGCGCUGUGGCGCCAGGCCGCCUCCCUCCGCAGCACCUUCACCCAGCUCAGGGCCUUCACUGACAGGAACCUCGCUGACAUGCGGACAGAGUGUGUUAGCACCGGGCGCCAGCUGCGAGCUGCCUGCCUGAGCCUGGAGGUGAGCGUGAGUCAGCAGAGCGCCCCCUCUGGUGUGGAGGUGCCGGCGCUGGAGAGGCAGCUCCGGGAGAAGCUGCUGGAGGCCAUGCAGCUGCAGGCGCGCUGGGACGCCGAGAAGGUGGAGCUCAACUCCAGGAUCCUAGAGCUGACAGACAUGGUGAAGCAUCUAAGGGGACAGAACAGUGAGAAAGAGUCCAGCAUGGCCUCUAUGCAGGCUAGUCUGGACCGAAUGGAGUUGAGUCGGGCUGAGGAGCGUGAGGAGAGGGACUGUCUGCUGAGUGAGGUCCAGGCCCUGCAGCACGUUCUACACAGCAUCAGCCAGGUGGCGCGUGGGGAUGGCGAUGGCGCCACGUUGGAGAGCUCUAAACAGGAAGCAGACGGCCGCUCUCUCGCCCUGUCUCCCCUGCGAGGCGUCUCCCCCCAGAGGGACGGCACGCUGCUGGUGGUCCAGAGGGCCCUGACCCAGCGGCACACUCAAGUUCAGGACCUGCGUGUGCGUCUGGAGGCAGCGCUGGAGCAGACGGGCACCCUGCGGGCGCAGCUGCAGGAGGGUGAGCUGGAGCGACGCGAGAUGGAGCUCAGGGGCCAGGAGCUGCAGCAGGACAGCCUGCAGAUGGACAGGGCCUUGGAGGAGAGCCGGCGGGACGCCCAGAGGUUCCGCAGCUCACUGGACAUCAUCAGCAGUGAGAAGGAGGGUUUGGAGCAGCUGGUCUCUGGGUUGCGGGAGCAGCUGGACUCCCAGCGGUCCGAGCUGGAGGCGGGGCGCCUGCUGCUGCUGGACACACAGAGGCAACGGGACCUGCUCAGGCAGCAGAGGGAGGACCUGGAGACGCAACUGGGCCGCCAGCGCGCCGAGGCAGAGAGAGGCCAGAGGCUGGCGGAGCAGCUGGAGGAGAGGCACUCUGAGCUGCGGAAGGAGCUGGUGGGCCUGAAGGAGACGCUGUGCCAGCUCACCCUGCACAAGGAGGUGCUGGAGGACGAGAAGGCCAGCCUAGCUCAGGCCAUCAGUAAGUUGGAAGCCCAAAAUGCUGAGCAGGAAGUGUCGAUCACCAGACUGCAAAGUGAGGAGGCAGGGCUGCGUGACUCCCUGGCCAAGAUGGCCGCCCUGAGUGAAGGCCUAGCCAAAGACAAAGUGGAGCUCAAUCGCAUUCUACUGCAGACGGAAGCAGAGAAGGCAUCCCUGGACGAGCGUCGGCGGGAGGUGGAGCUCGAGCGGGCGACGGCUCGUGAGGAGGCGGGGCGUCUGCAGCAGGAGCUCCGGGAUGUGGAGGCGGAGCAGCGAGCACUGGAGGUGUCAGAGGGGCAGCUGCAGGAGGCCCGGGUCAGUCUGGAGGCCCAACUCAGCCUGCUGGUCAAGGAGAAGAACCACGCACAGGAGCUGCACGUACAGGUGAGUGCUCAGCGGCAGGCCAUGUCGGAGCAGCUGUGUGCGGUGCAGAGGGAGCUGGAGGCCCAGAGAGGAGCCAUGGAGCGGGCAGGCCGCGAAAGAGACGAGCUGGCCAAGGACAAGGCCAGCCUGGGGGUCCAGCUCAGCACAGCACUGCGCAAAGCCUCUGGCCUCGCCCAGGAGCUGGCCACCCUCAGGGCUGAGAAGGAGGCCCUGGAGACAGCUCUGUUUGAGGGUCAGGAGCUGGCCUGUGCUCUGGAAGGUGACUGCAGUCGCCUGGAGGGAGAGCGGCGCAGUCUGGUGCUGGCCAACGAGGCCCUGACCCGUGAGGUGUCUCGGCAGCAGGCGGAUGCGGAGCAGCAGGCUCUCCGGGCCCAGCAGGAGAGGCAGGCUCUGGAGGGGAGGCUGGUCCAGGCCGAGAGGAGCGCCCAGCUCUCCCUCAGCAACACCCAGAGCAACUACCAGCAUCAGCUGGAUGCAGAGCGCAGGGAGAAGGAGCAGCUGUGUGCAGAGUUGACUGCACAGAGGGAGCAGUUGGAGGAGCGCUUGCGCGCAGAGAGUGAGGAGUUGCGGCUGCGCAGUCAGGCUGAGAGGCUGCAGCUGCAGGAGCAGGUGUCCCAGCUGCAACAGGACUGCAACCAGCGUCUACUGCAGGCAGAAAACCUCAAGCAACAGGCCUUGUCUCAGCUGGAGGGAGAGCGAGCAGCUCUGGCAGAGAAACUGCUCUCACUGCAGCAGGACAUGGAGUCCGCUGCCAUGGAGACGGAACGCAUGCGGAGGGACUUCCUCAGUCGACAGGAACAGGAUAAGGGUGUUGCUGCUGGUCUGCAGACGGACUUGGAGGUCCUGCGGCGGAGGUUUGAGGAGGCGUUGAGCUCACGCGAGGCCACUGAGAGGAGUCUGGGGGAGCAGCUGAAGGAGCUCAACCAGCAGAGGGAGGAGGCGCAGCAGGAGUUGUCUGGGUUGAGGCGCUCUCUGCAGGAGGCGGAGGAGUCCCGUGACGCGGGGCGAAGGGAUCUGAUCGAGGCCCAUCGGCAGCUGCGGGAAUGCGCCGGUGAGAGGGACGCCCAGCGGCAGGAGGCCCUGGAGCUCCGAAGGGCGCUGGGCGACGCCGGCCGCGAGAAGGAGGCCGUCCACACCUCCAACCAGGAGCUGCGUGCCACGGUGAAGAGGGCCGAGAACGACAACAACAGUCUGAAGCGGUCGCUGGAGGAGAAGGAGCAGAGGCUGUCCGUGCUGGAGGAGUGUAAGUCCUCCCACCAGCAGGAGGCGAGCAAGCUAAGGGCCACGCUGCGCGAGCUGGAGCGCUCCCGUCUGCAGGCGCGCCGGGAGCUGCAGGAGCUACGCAGACAGGUGAAGAGCCUGGAGGGGGAGGUGUCGAGUCGGAGCAAGGAGCUGGGGGAGCUGCAAGCGCGCGUGGCCCAGGAGGAGCAGCGUGAGGAGGAGGCUCGCAGGGAGGCCUUCAGCCUCCGUCAGAGGCUCCUGGAGAGCGAGGCCGGCCGAGAGGCAGCCAUCAAGGAGUCCUCAGUGUUGCAGCGGCGAGUGGCCGAGCAGGAGGAGGCGGAGGCGGCCGCCAGGGAAGCGCAGCACCAGCGCGACGCCGCCCUCCAGGAGAGCCAGCGGCGGCAGCGCGAGGAGACGGCCCGUCUGGAGGAAGCCCUGCGGGAGGCCCAGGCCCAGGCCCGGGAGCAGGGCCUGAGGGCCAGCCUGGCCGAGGGGCAGGCCAGGGGCCUGGAAGAGCAACUGGCCCAGGGGGAAGUUGCCCGCCGUGGGCUGGAGCACAGGCUGGCCGGCCUGGAGUCAGCCCUGAGGAGGACGCUGGGGAUCGGACGCUCCGGGCGGUCACCCACCCGGGGGGCCAGAGGGCGGAGCCCCUCUCCUUGGAGAAAUCGCUCUCCUGUGAAAGAUGGUGAGGGUGGGCCGGAGGGACUGACACCCAGUGGCUCUCCGGGCCGCUCUCUGUCCCCUGGCCGUGGGGGGGACGAGGAGCUGGAUCUGGACACUCUGCACACGGCCCUGCACAGCUUCCAGCGGGAGCUCAGGGACACGCAGAGGGACAGGGAUGAGGCCUAUACACAGGUGCUGAGUUUGACUCGUCAGGUGAGUGAGCUCCAAGCAGCUCAGGACAAAGCCAAUGGCAGACUACAGCAGCUCCACAAAAACCUGAGAGAUGCAGAGCAGGGGAGGCGCGAGGUGACUGAGAGGCUGGAGGGGGUGCAGACAUCCCUGGCUCUCCAGGAGGAGGUGAGCCGGCGUGGGGAGAGAGAGAGGAGGAGUCUGGGAGAGGAAGUGACCACGCUGAGGAGCAGCCUGCAGUCAGCGGAGGCCGAGGCCCAGAGACUACAGGAGAAGCUGGAGCGCAGCGAGGCGUCCGAGUCCCGUGGGGAGGUGGAGCGGCGGCAGCUGAAGGAGGCGUGCGAGCAGGUGGAGGCGCGGGCCGGCCGCCUGGAGGUGUCCCAGCGCUCCCUGGAGGGCGAGGUACAGAGGGGAGGCGUGCGCGUGGCCGAGCUAGAGGCCGAGGUGGCCGGCCUGCAGGAGCGCCUGGCCAGCCUGCGCAGGGAGCUGGGGGAAAGCGAGGAGAGGGGCGCCCUGCUCAGGCUGGAGGUGGAGCGUCUGGCGGCGUGUCUGGGUCGGGCGGAGCAGCAGGACUCCCAGCUGCGGGAGAGGCUGCAGGGCGCGACGGUCCAGCUGAGCGAGAGCAGCGCCAGUGCCGGAGCCGCCCAGGAGCAGGCCGCCCAGCUGCAGAGGGCGCUGACCGCCAGCGAGCACGACCGCCGCAUGCUGCAGGAGAGGCUGGAUAAGAUGCGUGAGGCGUUGUCCGAGAGCAAGAAGCAGAACCACGUGCUGACGGAGCGUGCCCAGAACCUCCAGAGAGCCCAGGAGGACAGUGAGCUGCGUGCGGCAGAGCUGGACAAGCAGGCGCGGGCACUGCAGGAGGCCCUGAGACAGAGGCAGGAGGGGGAGCACGAGGCCCUGGAGGACUCCAGGCAGCUUCAGAAAGACAAGGGGGACCUCCAGGGACGCGUGGCUAGCCUGCAGGCCUCGCUCCAGAGGCUGGAGGCCGAGAAGGCCGACCUGGAGAGAGGGAUGAGCCGCCUGGGCAAAGACAAGGCCUCGCUGAGGAAGACCCUGGAGAAGGUGGAACAUGACAGGAGGCGGCUGGAGGAGGAGGCUCUGUCUUUGAGCCGUGAGAGGGAGCAUCUGGAGCAGACCACACACACCCUGCAGGAGGAGCUCACUGAUGCCCACACACACACUCACACACUACAGGCUCAGAUUUCGCACCUGGAGCACUCGCAGUCCCAGCGACUGCUGGAGGUGACGGUGCGGCACCGUCAGGAGCUGGACCAGGAGACGGAGCGCCUGCGCGGGUCCCAGCUGCAGACCGAGCGGGCACUGGAGGCCCGAGAGAAGGCCCACCGCCAGAGAGUCCGCUGCCUGGAGGAACAGGUGUGCACACUGAAGGAGCAGCUGGAGCAGGAGAUGCGGAGGCGGCAGGCCUACGUUAGCCAGCUGUUGAGACCUGGGGCCUGACCUCCACCACGCACAUACACACACACACACACACCUACACACACACACACACACACACACUGAUUCAAUGACUGGACAAUCACACUCCCAGAGAGCCUCAGAGGUCAUGGUCACACGGUAGCCUACUAUUGUGUUGCUGCUUCAACAGACACCCGGCCCCUUAGUAGGACUUCCAGAAGCUAAGCACAUUUCUCCAGUUCAAAUUGAAGUCAAGUAGUUUAUUGGCAUGCGUAUGUUACACAGAAUCCACAAGUUUACUUGGUGCAGAUGUGUAUGCAUAUUUGUCAUGCAAGAUGUACGUAGGUGAAUGAUUUUGGUUUUCACCCAUUUUUUAUACUUAAAGUAGUAUAUUUGUCUUUGCCAAAUAUUGAAUUCUUUGAAAUUGUGAGUUGUAUGAGAAGAAUGAAUGAAUAUCUUGGGUCUGAUUCAACAUCGCUCCACUCAUACUGGACCCGUAUGCUUCCACAUUCCACUGGGUCCUUAGUUUCUGGACUGAUUUCAGAGAAACUUUGCCUAUGUUCUAGGGCAAUUCUAUGGAAAAUUACAUUUUUUGUAACA